UGUCGUCUCGAAACACAAUUGUAAAUAAACAAUGCAAAGGCUUGGACUUGGCUGUCCGCUGGGUUUUCUUGCCAGCAAACCGCAAAAGAAUAAAACUAUUAUAUUGGAUCUGAAUUACGACUGUUAUGUGGAGAUAUUCUCGUAUCUCACUGCGCUUGAUGACAAAUUGAAUUUGGCCAGAGCGCAUCCACAAUUUCGCGAUGUGUUGAUACGUGAGGCGCCGCGACGUUUUGCCAAAAUCAACAUGCGAAUGUUGCGGUGCAUUUCCGAUUGGGAUUAUCUGUUGCACUUGUGUGGCGACAGCGUAUUGGAGUGCGAGCUGCGACAUGGACGCUGGGACGAUAAGAAAACAUUACCAUUUCUAGCUCUAUUGAAUACCCACUGCAAAAAUAUGCAGCAUUUGCAUUUGAUAUUUGUGCAUUAUAUUCCAAUGACACAGACAGCGGGAGGAGACGUUAAUAUACUACAAGUGAUGCAGCGAAAAGAUCUUAAAUCCAUGAGUCUAACCGAUGCCAAAGCUCCAAUCGUACUACAACUGCAGCAUUUUAUGAAACUGGAAGCGUUGCACAUUGAUGGCAUCGAUGACGAAUUGUUGGAUGCAGAUUUCAUGGAGCAACUUGAGGCGCUGCCUGCACUGCGCAGACUUGCACUGAGAUUUGCCAGCCGGCGACAGUAUCCACCCUUGGCUGACCAUUGUCCACAGCUGGAGCACUUGUCGCUGGAGAACUUUGAGGCAACGCUGGCUGAUGUGGGCGAUUUUCCCCAAUUGAAAUCGCUGCAUUUGAGAUGGCGCCUCUCCAUCCAAUUGAACAAAAAUCUCUUUCGGAUGCUGGCCAAACGCUACAGUAAUCGCUUGGAGCAACUGCAGUUGACCAUAGUUAACCCGGCGCAGGCAACACAUAUUGUAGCACUGGAGAAUCUUAAGAUGCUCGCCUGUCCCAUGUGGCCAAGCGAAGCAUUAACGCACUUAAGUCGGUUGCAACAACUCGAGUGUCUGGCGUUGCAGUGUACUGAAGCUGCUGUCAGUCUGAUGCAGCUGCUCGAUGUGGUGACCAACUGCUAUAAGCUGCAGCAUUUGAAGCUUGGCAAGAGAUGGCUGGAAGUUCAACUGGAGGACUUUGUUAUUGCCUUGCAGGAUGUUCUACGCAGACAAGCAGCCAACGCAGCUCGACCAUCACUGUUGAUGACACUGGAGUCCCCAGUAGCAAUAGAAUUGCAAAACCAGUUGAGGGACAAAACAAAUUUCCAGUUGUUGCAAUUGGAUUGGCAACGUUCGAUUUGUGGAUUGUGUAAACCGGAUCGUCACAGCAAACAUGAAGUAUUCCUGGAUUAACUCACCUCGCAAUGCGACUGCUCAAUGGCCAAAGUCAAACGCAUUAUCCAAUCAUUGUAGAAUACCUGAUUCUCCUCCAGUUCUGCACGUUUUCUCUCAUAAUUAACGUCCUUCUCCAAACUAGGCCACUUUUCUGGUUUCAAAAGGUGCACGACCAACGGUGGACUCGUCAUCAGUUGGAUAUCGAAGGAUGCAUGCCACAGAAUGCAUGUUGUAUGUGAAUCCGUCAAGUAUUGUUGUGCUAUAUUAUAAAUAUUAAUUCUUACUUUAUUCCAUUUUUUUUUUUAAGCAGAACUUACCUAAAAAACUUAAUACCGUUGACCAAUAAUUGGUUUCCACUAACAUGGCUGACAUGUUCCUAAGUUCUGUAAUAUCUGAUGCCAAAGAAAAGCUUUAUAUAGGCGCCUUAACUAGCGUCUGUCUGAGGGAUGCAUUAGUUAUACCACUAGUCAAAUGUUAAAGAAACUAUCCCUUAGACAUAUCAAUUCCC